GUUGCAUGCAACUAUUUCACUGAGCUACUUCCAAGUCAAGCCACUGGUGUGGAUAUUUCACGUUUUUGAGACAAACCGGAGUGACUCGAAUUUAGAAAAAAGCAAACGGAGAUAUAAGAAUGACGGAACGAAAGGGAACUGCAAAACUAGACUUUCUCAGAAAGAUUGAGAAAGAAAUCCAGCAGAAAUGGGACAAGGAAAAAGCUUUUGAAGCUGACGCCCCUGACUGUGAUGAUGGAAAUGAAAGCAAAAAGAAGUUUUUUGUUACCUUUCCCUACCCAUACAUGAAUGGCAGGCUGCAUCUUGGACACACAUUUUCCCUUUCCAAAUGUGAGUUUGCAGUUGGAUACCAGCGACUGAAGGGAAAGCAGUGCCUGUUUCCCUUUGGGCUGCAUUGCACAGGAAUGCCAAUUAAAGCCUGUGCAGACAAACUGAAGAGGGAGAUGGAACUUUAUGGUAAUCCUCCUGUGUUCCCAGAAGAAGAGGAUGAAGAAGAGCCUUCAGCUAGACAGGGUGAAGAAAUUAUCAUUAAG